CCUAGGGACAAGUGAGGAACUCGGCGCAGCUCUCCUUCUUUUUCCUUUGCCACCUUGAGAGUUCUCCGUCUUCCACUGACUCUGUGGCUGGCUCCUCUCUCUGCCCUCCUCCUCCCUAGGCCAACAGCCCACAGGGACUGACAGGGAGGGAGGCUGAGAGGCCGUACCGUGGCAUGCCGGCUCCUUUCCCUUCCCCCUUCCCUUAGCAGCAACGUCACCGCAGCACCCGCGGCCGCGGCAGCAGCGAGGAGACUGGGGCUGGGAUUGCGCAGGCUCCCUGCAUUAGCAACAAUGCCAUUGUAUUAGCAGAAAUCAGAUCUUAGGAAAUCAGCCCAGUUCCCUCUGUGUGGUCCCGUGGAACAGUGCCUCCGCCGGGGCUGUCGAGGUAGAGCUUGGUGAGAGUGCAGAAGGAGCAGAAGCCUCCAGGUCCAGCUCCGGGCUCCUGACAGAGGUGCCAAGCUCUCCUGAUGAAAUGUGUUCUGCCCCACUGGGCUCCGGGGGCAGUGUCUGGUGCUGUUGAUGCCCUUGUUCGAACUUUCCAGAAUGGAUAGUCCCCCAAAGCUGACCGGAGAGACCCUCAUCGUCCAUCACAUCCCCUUGGUGCACUGCCAAGUCCCAGACAGGCAGUGCUGUGGGGGGGCAAGUGGCGGAGGUGGGACAAGACCCAAUCCCUUCUGCCCCCCCGAGCUGGGCAUCCCCCAACCUGAGCAAGACCUGGGCCAGGCUGACUCCCUGCUGUUCAGCAGCCUGCACUCCGCUCCAGGGGGAUCUGCGGACAGCACCAAGAGUAGGGGUCGAGAUGGAAGAGGCCCUGGGGCCCCCAAGCGGCACAACCCCUUCUUGCUGCAGGAGGGUGUGGGUGAGCCAGGACUUGGUGACCUGUAUGAUGACCUCGGUGACGGUGCCACCCAGCAGUCCUUCCACCUGCAUAGCACAGCCCAGCCCACCUUCCAUCUUUCCUCUUUCCAGCUGCCACCAUCUGGCCCUGGAGUGGGCAGGCCAUGGGGGGCAUCACGCAGUCGAGCUGGAGUGGUGGACGGGCAGGAACAGGAGCCAGUGAUGACCUUGGACACCCAGCAGUGCGGCACCAGCCACUGCUGCCGGCCGGAGCCGGAAGCAGAGACCAUGGAGCUGGAUGAGUGUGGAGGACCUGGCGGGAGUGGCAGUGGGGGUGGAACCAGUGACACCUCCGGCUUCUCCUUCGACCAGGAAUGGAAGCUGAGUUCGGAUGAGUCCCCAAGGAACCCUGGCUGCGCAGGCCCGGGAGCUCCCCACUGCCGCUGCAGUAGCACCUCCAGUCAGUCCGAGGCAGCGGACCAGUCCAUGGGCUACGUGAGCGACUCCUCCUGCAACAGCUCGGAUGGCGUGCUGGUCACCUUCAGCACCCUCUACAACAAGAUGCGCAGCAGCUCCCGUGCCAACCUCAACUCUGCCCCGCAGUCCUGCAGCGACUCCUCCUUCUGCAGCCACUCAGACCCUGGCGCCUUCUACCUGGACCUGCAGCCCUCCCCCGCUGAGUCUAAGAUGUCUUGUGAGUCCCACCACCCUGAAAGCGGAGGAAGGGAAGGGGGCUACGGCUGCCCUCAUGCCUCGUCUCCUGAGCUCGAUGCCAACUGCAACUCCUACCGCCCACACUGUGAGCCCUGUCCAGCGGUGGCUGACCUCACAGCCUGCUUCCAGAGCCAGGCCCGUCUUGUCGUGGCCACACAAAACUACUAUAAACUCGUCACCUGUGACCUGUCCUCCCAGUCGUCCCCAAGCCCCGCUGGCUCUUCCAUCACCAGCUGCUCUGAGGAGCACACCAAGAUAAGUCCCCCACCAGGCCCUGGCUCAGACCCGGGCCCCAGCCAGCCCUCUGAGUAUUACCUGUUCCAGAAGCCAGAAGGCCAGCCAGAGGAACAAGAGGCAGUGGGUUCCUCAGCAGAAGCAGCAACCGCCGUAGGCCCCACUGUGCUCGAGGGGCAAGUGUACACAAACACCUCGCCCCCCACCCUUAGCACCGGACGCCAGCGCUCUCGCAGCUAUGACCGCAGCCUUGAGCGUAGCCCUCCUGUCCGCCUGGGCUCACUGGAACGCAUGCUAAGUUGCCCAGUACGCUUGAGUGAGGGCCCUGCAGCCCUGGCCGGACCUAGCUCCCCACCCAGGAGAGUUACCUCCUUUGCUGAGCUGGCCAAGGGGCGGAAGAAAGCUGCAGGCUCUGGUUCCCCCCCGCUUCGGGUGAGCGCUGGGGACUCCUCCCAGGAGUUCUCACCCAUCCAAGAAGCCCAGCAAGACAGGGGGGACCCACUGGAUGAGGGCACUCACUGUAGCCAUAGCCUGCCACCCAUGCCCUUGGGGCCAGGCGUGGACCUACUUGGCCAAGAGCCCUGGUCCACCCAGGUCUGCCAGGGCCCCCAGUCCAGUGAGAUGCCUCCUGCUGGCCUCAGACCUGCUGGACCAGGUGGGCCAGGCGCCCUGGCCCCGCUGAUGGAUCCAGGGCCUGCUGUCCCGGGGAGCCCCGCCAGCAGCCAUACCCAGAGGGAUGCGAGAGCUAGAGCUGACGGGGGUGGUGCUGAGAACCGACCAGUGCUUCGCUACAGCAAGGAGCAGAGGCCAACCACGCUGCCCAUCCAGCCCUUCGUGUUCCAGCACCACUUCCCCAAGCAGCUGGCCAAGGCCCGGGCCCUCCACAGCCUUUCCCAGCUCUACAGCCUCUCGGGCUGCAGUCGUGCACAGCAGCCCGCCCCACCGGCUGCCCCUGCUGCUCAAGUCUCAGCCCCAGCUCCCUCUGGGGAGCCGCAGGCAUCCACUCCCCGAACCACUGGCAGAGGUGCCAGGAAAGCUGGGACUGAGCCAGAGACCUCGCGGCCAUCGCCCCUGGGCAGCUACUCCCCCAUCCGGAGUGCUGGCCCCUUUGGGCCCAGCACGGACUCUUCUGCCUCCACUUCGUGCUCCCCUCCCCCGGAGCAGGCCACAGUCCCAGAAAGCCUCCCCCCAUGGAGCCACUCCUGUCCUGCUGCCCAGCCUACCACCUCCCAGCAGCCACAGAGGGAGGACCAGAAGAUACUGACCUUGGCUGAGUACAGACUCCAUGGAAUAGGAAGCUUGCCACCUCUGGGCUCCUGGAGAUCUGGCUUUAGCCGAGCAGAGAGCCUGACCCGAGGUGGUGAGGGCAGCAUGGCCUCCAGGCCCAGUAACGCCAACCACCUAUCCCCUCAAGCCCUCAAGUGGCGGGAAUACAGGAGAAAGAACCCGCUAGGGCCACCUGGCUUGUCAGGGAGCCUCGACAGAAGGCCACAGGAAGCUCGUCUGACCCGAAGAAACCCCAUCUUUGAGUUCCCUGGCUCCUUCAGCGCUGCCAGCCAUCUGAACUGCCGCCUGAAUGGUCAAGUAGUGAAGCCACUACCACUGGCCUGCCCUGACUUCCAAGACCCCUUCUCCCUGACUGAGAAGCCUCCGGCUGAGUUUUGUCUGUCCCCCGAUGGCAACUCAGAGGCCAUUUCCAUUGACCUGCUUCAGAAAAAAGGGCUGGUUAAGGCUGUCAACACUGCUGUGGACCUCAUUGUGGCCCACUUUGGCACAAGCCGGGAUCCUGGGGUGAAGGCAAAGCUAGGAAACAGUUCUGUGAGCCCCAACGUGGGCCACCUGGUCCUGAAAUACCUGUGCCCCGCGGUCCGGGCCGUGCUGGAGGACGGGCUCAAGGCCUUCGUGUUGGACGUCAUCAUCGGGCAGCGGAAGAAUAUGCCGUGGAGUGUGGUUGAGGCUUCCACACAGCUGGGCCCCUCCACCAAGGUCCUGCAUGGCCUCUACAACAAAGUCAGCCAAUUCCCGGAGCUCACCAGUCACACCAUGCGCUUCAAUGCCUUCAUCCUCGGCCUGCUCAACAUCCGGUCCCUGGAGUUCUGGUUUAAUCACCUCUAUAACCACGAAGAUAUCGUCCAGACCCACUACCAGCCCUGGGGCUUCCUGAGUGCAGCUCACAGCGUGUGUCCUGGCCUCUUCGAGGAACUGCUGCUGCUGCUACAGCCCCUGGCCCUGCUUCCCUUCAGCCUCGACUUGCUGUUCCAGCACCGGCUGCUGCAAAGCGGGCAGCAGCAGCGGCAGCACAAAGAGCUGCUGCGGGUAUCCCAGGACCUGCUGCUGUCCGCCCACUCCACCUUGCAGUUGGCCCGGGCCCGGGACCAGGAGGGCCCUGGAGACGUGGACAGGGCCGCUCACGGGGAGCGGGUGAAGGGCGUGGGUGCCCCAGAAGGGGGAGAGGAGGAAGAGGAGGACACGGAAGAGGCGGCCGAGGCAGCAGAGGGCUCAGGACACGGCAGGUGGACCCGAGGCGGGCAGGCCGGCUGGUGGUACCAGCUCAUGCAGAGCUCUCAGGUCUACAUUGACGGCUCCGCUGAGGGUUCCAGGUUCCCUCGCGGGAGCAGCAACGGCAGCGAGAAAAAGAAAGGGGUGGGAGGCGGGGGCGCCCCCCAGGCUCCACCGCCGCGAGAGGGCGUAGUGGAGGGGGCCGAGGCCUGCCCUGCCCCUGAGGAGGCCCUGGCCCGGGAAAGAGGCUGGCCCUUCUGGAUGGGGAGCCCCCCGGACUCCGUGCUGGCUGAGCUGCGGCGCAGUCGGGAGAGGGAAGGGCCGCCCAUCGCCCCGCCCGCAGAAAGCGAGGAUGGGGCCGCGGAGCCUUCACCUGGGGGCAUCAAGUGGGGACACCUCUUCGGCUCCCGGAAAGCUCAGAAAGAGGCCCGGCCUGCAAACAGGCUCCCCUCGGACUGGCUGAGUCUGGACAAGUCCAUGUUCCAACGAGUGGCACAGACGGUGGGUGCCCGCCGGGAGCCAGAGCCCAAAGCGAGCCCGCAGGAGCCACACUCUCCAGCCCUGCCCUCCAAGCCCCCAUGCGAGGUGCAGGCACUGUGCCACCACCUGGCCACAGGCCCUGGACAGCUGAGCUUCCGCAAGGGAGAUAUCCUGCGGGUGCUGGGGCCAGCGGGAGGAGACUGGCUGCGCUGCAGCCGUGGCCCUGACUCUGGCCUGGUGCCUCUGGCCUACGUGACGUUGACCCCAACUCCAAGUCCGACCCCUGGAAGCAGCCAAAACUGAGGCCCUGUGCAUGCUGGCGGCCUCAGGGACCCUCAACCCCCACACUCAGCCUGAGAGCCCUUCCAAGCCCUCUGGCUUGGCCACAGAGAGUAGACAGAGCCGGGGCCACAUGUCCCUGGGCAGGCCCCUGCUCCUGUGCUCAGUAUUAAUUACCCCCUCACAUCCCGGUGUCCGCGUCCAGACCUCCACCCGGGAAAGGAGGGCAGGGACGCAGCACUGGGCUGCCAGAAUUUCUCUGGCCCAACUGGGCCAGCCCAUCCCUGGCUGUGGACAAGCAGUCCCCAUGGAAGGAGAUGGCCCAAGAAGCCAUUUGCAGAGUUCCCUAGGCCAGAUGGUGAUGAGGAUGGGAAACAGUACUGGGGCCAGUUCCCUGAGCCCUUCGGCUGUAAAUAGGCUGUGGCCAGUGCCUGGUCGCCAGAAGAGGGAGGAGGAGCCCAGGCUUCUGUCUAUGUAUGUAUUUAUUUAUUUAUUAUACCUAUUAAUAAAAAAGGUGCUCAGCCUCCA